AUGGCAGAAAUUACAGGCUUGAGUCUAAUCCAUCCAGGUGACGAAUUUGGGAGUCAAGCUCAUGGUAUCGUCGAUAUAGUGUUCGUACACGGACUUCAAGGCGCAGCCACUGCUAGGUCUUCGGACAAUGAGAAGGGACCAAAAAGGCUCUGGUUGUAUGAUCUUCUUCCUAAAAGCUUACCCACUGCGAGAAUUUUUAAUUUUGUCUACCAAGGUGACGCGAUUUCCCUUGUCAACUCGAGAGGAUCUGCUCCACUGCGACCUAUUGUAUUUCUUGCCCAUAGUUUUGGGGGCCUUGUCGUCCAGAAAGCCUUGAUUGCCGCGUCAACAGGGGCUCGAGCCGAUUUUUUCUCCAUCGAGCGUUCUACUGCUGCUAUACUGUUCUUUGCUACACCUUGUCAUACAGAUCACAAAGGUAUCAUCAACAUCCUCCGCUAUUUCUCGGGUGUGAGAAAAUUUCAGGGAAUCAGUGAAGAAUUCGUAUGCGACUCUCAAUUUCAGCACAAUCUAAACGAUACCUCUGCACAGCUAAGACAAGUUCAAGAGGACUUUGAGCACCUUCGGCUUCAGGAGUCCUUUAAAUUCAACACUUAUUCUUUCUACGAGGAGUUACCUGUCGCGAACUUUGGAAUGGUGGUUGACGGUACAUCAUCAUUGAAUAGUUUUUCAAAUAGCGCUCUGCUUCAUUCAGACCAUCAAACAAUCUGCAAGUUCACAAGUGUCGGUGAACCAAACUUCAAGCGAGUAUUGGCAACACUCAAUAUAAUCCUCAACCCAAGCGCAGAGUGCGUACCGAACCUGCAAAAACAUCAGCAAGAAAUACUUCGUUGGCUGGCAACAAAAAGAUCACAAAUUGCCAUCUCUGCAGCACCUGGAUCCGGCAAGUGGCUUUUGGAAAAUCGAGAGUUCAGGUCAUGGCUAUCGAGUGACCAAAAUUCUAUCUUGUGGAUCAAAGGAAACCCUGGUGCUGGCAAAUCAACACUUGCUGCCAAUUUUUAUCAAGAUUUUAAAAAUCACUUUUUGGAAGACCGGCCCGCAAUUUUCCUCUAUCAUUUUUUCCAUUACGGAUCCCCUGAUACUUCCGCGAAUGACCUCCUGCGCUCUUUGAUCUUUCAAAUUAUGUCAAAAGAUUCGAGUCCCUUGUCAGAUCUGAUUUAUUUGCUUGACCAAAAGCGAAAUUAUUAUCACAAGGUCGAAGAGCCCCGCAAUAGCUGGGGAGAGUGGAUUUCUCAAGCGGUACUCACAGAUGAAUUUCUAGCAACAUGUUUAGAAGCAGCCGCCAAAGCCCAUCGAUUAUAUAUCAUCAUUGACGCCCUAGAUGAAUGCCCCAACGGGGAGAUAUCUUCCGUUUUUUCUCUUUUGCAUUUUCUCAGUUCGAUUGUCUUGGAAAAUUCGAUCAAAUUAUUCAUUACAUGUCGGCCUGGUUUGAUGUACGAAGAAGCGUUCUCCGAUUUACCACAUCAUAAAAUCGUUCUAGAGAAUGAAAACCAAACCGACUUACAACAAUUCGUCUCCUUCAAAAUGUUAACAAAAUUUCCAGAUUUUCCCAAUCAGAAGCAGGUCUCCAAUACAUUAUUAGAGCGAGCAUCUGGUUGGGUUGUGUUUGCUAGACGGCCGUUUUCGCUGAGGGAAUUGAAAGUUGCUUUGGACGUCUAUCAACGGUCAAUACCAGCAUCAAGUCAAAGCUCAUGGCAUAUUACUCAAGAUCAAUCACUAUCGCCAUACCGAGCUAGUAUUGAUGUUCUAAUCGCAUCCUGUCAUGGACUAUUAGAGGUUGAAGGUCCGGAUGGAAUUGUUUCCCUUGUUCAUCUAAGCGCUCGAGAAUUUUUGAUAUCAAGAGCCGCCUCGGAGACUUCUCAUCUAGGGUAUUCUGAUGCCAAAUACUUUAACAACACGCACAUUUCUAUUGCCGAAGUAUGCGUCACCUAUUUGGCAAUUAGAUCUCUCGACGACAAAUCAUGUGUAAAUUUUGAUCUCGACAACUCCGGUUUCUUGCAAUAUGCGGUCGUUCACUGGGUCGAACAUGCAAGAGCAGCUGAUCGCUCUGGCGUAUCGUAUCAGGUUCUUUUCAAAAGUUUGGAUUCGUUGUCCCCAAAAUUUCUGAAAUUUUGGAUUGCCCAAUAUCAAAAGCAUGUAAACUCAAGGAGUUCCUCGAAGUACAUGCUAGAAGGAUGGACAGCUCUCCACAUUUCCGCUGCUUUUGGAAUUUACAAUCUUGUUGAAACUAUUAAAGAAGUUGGAGAAGUACAGAGCUUUGAUACCAGAGACGCGUAUGGGCGUACUGCCUUAUCCCUGGCCGCUGAGAAUAACCACGUAUCUGUUCUUCAACUUCUCCUAGAAACAGGAGCAAGCAUCACCACUCGAGACAAUCGUUAUGGUCUCACUCCACUGGAAUGGGGAGCUUUACAAGGCAAUGUUGAAAUAGUCAAGAUACUUAUGGAAAAAGCGGUUUCUUGGUCCGGCGCUUCCUUACUUUCUAUCGCGGCAGCAAGAGGACACGUGUCGCUUGUAAAAUUCCUACUGGAGAAAGGUGCCAAUAUUAACUCCAUAGAUCAGUAUUGGGGAUGUACGGCUCUUCACCUUGCUGCCGGGUAUGGGCAUACAGCUAUUGUAUUUCUACUUCUUGCCCGUGGUGCCGACCCGAAUAUUAUCGAUAGAUCUAAGGGGCACACGCCGCUAUACUAUGCGAUAUACAAGGGUCGACACGAAACAGUCAAUGUUUUGCUGGAUUAUGGCGCCAGAAUGGGUGAACCAUCUAAGAAAUCAUUCGUAUUGACUGAUACACCCCAAUCUACUUCUUGGCCUGAUCGGGUUGGUAGUUCGAUUUUGGGAGAUCUAGCAAUCAGACUACGCACUUGCACGCAAGGGUCGGAGGCUAAUGGACAGUCAAGUUCUGGUAAUUUCAAUAAAGGUAUUUCUGGAAACUCCGGUAAUGGACAUAAGAAAAGAUCACAUCAGGACUUUCAAAGUGACGGUUCUGGUGGAAAUGGUGGCUUUGGCGAUGAACCCAACAAACAACCUGCGUUAGAGCCCACUUCUUCAACAAAUCCUGCUAUGAGUGAUCUUGGGUUAAAUCUUGCUUGCCCCUACUUUAAGCAUGAUCCGGGAAGAUACGGAGCCAGCAGGGCUUGCCGUGGGCCUCCGGGCUACCCAGAUAUCAACAGACUAAAGCAGCAUCUGUACAAGGUACAUUCACUAAAGAUAUGUCGAAGAUGUCAUUUGAUUUUUAAUGACAAGAUUGAGCUCCAAAACGAGAUUGAGCUCCAAAAGCAUUAUGAUUCUCUAAUAUGCGCUGCGAUGUUUCAACGGGACUACGCCGAUGGCUUUGAUGAAUCUCAGCGUGAUAAGCUCAAAAGGCGAACCGAGAAGAGGAACCACCCGGACAAGGCGCAGUAUUGGGCAGCGGUGUACAGAAUACUAUUUCCAAACACCGAUGAUGCAAACAUGCCAACACCAUGGCUUGAGGAAAACAUAAACAGAAGGCAAUAUGACGAGUCUUGUGCUCUUUCGCGACUUCAGGAUCCCACCCUCCGGAACGAACUUUCCCAACAUGUUCAAAGCCAAGACGAAAUCAGUGCUAUAUUAAACAUCAUCAACAGGCAUCAAACCGAAUCUUCCAGGACGAUCACUAUUGGAACGAUGCCGAGAGGAUCUUCGCAAUUUCCAGAGCGACAGCAUCCCAGGACUUCUCAGAAUGACCUGUAUCAACAACCACAUCUUGGACGAAAUCCACUUGGUCAUGAUAACAUUACGAUGAUGCCUUUCGAUUUCUCGCUACCUGAUUUCAUGAUGGAGCCUUCCAGUGACUCUGGCUUCUACGAAGGCUAUUCAAUUGAAGAUGAAUUUAGUCGGGGUACUCUAACGGGGGUUUCUGGAUCCAUGACGAGGGAACACGAAACUGCGAUAAACGCGCGAAUUCUGACCCAAAACCAUUUCCCAACUCCCGGAGCGCAAACAAAUCGCGAGAAUAUAACUCAAACUCAGCAAGUACAUGCCUCAAGCGAAGAUCCUUUAAGUACGUCCAGCCUUCACAAUAUCUUUGAUCUAGACCAAAAUCAGGAUUUGCAACUACAAGAAGACCCCGUAUUUAACAACCAUCAAGACCAAGAUCAUAACACAGAUGAAGAAAAUAAUAGCACCUGA